AUAUUUUUUUUGUAGUUAUAAAAUUAAUUGAAUAAGCAUCAAGCAUUUCGAUUUCACCAAUUCUAUUGAGCUUCUCGGAUCACUCGGGUAAAACCGAGUUGCGGCUACAAGUACGCUAUGUGCAUGUUAAUAAAGAUUCUAAGGUCAGGUUUAGUUGUUAAAAAAGGGCGAAGCAUCGUCAUGAAGCACCAGAUGCUUGUCAAUCGCCAUGGCAAAGUGCACGUUAUUUAUCUAUUUUUUAUUUUUUUUGGAAUUUACAUGGGCCGUAGAUGAUCGGAUUUAUUUUGAUCCAAAUUAUGAGAGACGAUGGAACACACCGCCAGAAUUAAUUUCGAAAGCAAGUAGAACAGAGGAUCAAAAUUCAAAUACACCUCAAGCAAGAUUUCUACCAUUUUCAGCAAGCUUUACUCUGAACGCAGGAUCAAGUAAUACUCAUUCCCUCAGUGUUGGUAGUAAUAACGAGGGAAUCAGUUUAUCUCAGAGUCAAAGUAGCAGCUCCAGCCCCUUUAGAAACGGCAGCUCUGGCAUUUCUGCAAGUCAAUCAACUUCAUUUUCAGCUGGGUUGUCUGGCAUUUCAGCAUCAGACGCAAAUGCUUUUAAUCUAAAUCAUCCAAUUUUCGGAGGCAAUUCUAAAGCCAAUAGUAACUCUUUUACUCUUGGCCAAGCUACCUCUACGGCUCAUGGAAAAGUAGUCAAUAACCAGGCAAUUACCGGGGCCCACUCAAGCGUUGGUUCCCCUCACUCAUCGGUAUCUUCUAGUGCAUCUUCGAGUGCAGGAAACUACCAGACCUCGUCUGCUGCUGAAGCAACGGCAUUGGCGGCUCAUCAUGGCCAAGGUCAUCAACGCGAGAAGCCUUCAUGGAUAAAUAUUCGUCCCAAUUAUUCAACUGAAUAUCAACGAUUUACGUCAACAUCAAGUCCUUGGUCACAACAUUCCCAAGAAAAUAAUCCAUCCCUUCAAAUUUUGGGAGCUUCUGCUUCUUCAAGUUCAUCUUCAAACACUGGAGGUUUUUCUGUUGGUCAAUCAUCGUCCCAAAGUAAUAUUGGGUCAGGUAGGCCAUCUUCUUGGACGAAUAAUCGAGUUCAUACAACAGGCGAUGCUCAAAGUCAUGCUCAAGGAGCAGCCGCAGCAGUUGGGCAACAAUCUAAUGGCAAAACUCAAGCUAGUUUUAGCUCUAGUGCAAUAUCUGCUAGUUCUGCAAGUAAUGGAGAAUCUCAGGGUACUUCAAUUUCAGAAAAUCGAGGACAAAGUUCUCGAGGAGAAGUUAUUAGCCACUCGGUUGGAGUGUCUAAUGUUCAGGGGACAGCGAAUGCUGGUUCUGUAUCAUUUGUUAGAUUUCCCGAGGGUGAAAAUGAUUAUAACGUGCCAAAAGAAUUCGUGAGAAGUGGAUCACAGGAUAGGCGAAGUGAUCAACAAAGAAAUAAAUCUAGAAAGCGACAGAGAAAUCCCAUUGAUAGGUUUUUAACAGAUUUAACUGAUACUGUAGUUGAUAUAUUUGAUUUUAAAUAAGAAUUAUCCAAAGUAAUUUAGUAUUUUAUAUUUAAACAAUUACUUAAGAUUGAUGUAAUUCAGCAGAUUUGUAUAUUUAAAUAAUAUAAAAAGUUAUAAUUUAUUAAUAUAUAUAUUUUAAGUGUAAUAUAAUAGAGAAUUGAUCAAUAAAUAAAUAAUUAUACGAAUGUUGUGAGCCUGCAUUAUCGGUUGCUCAUAGAAAAUAUCUCAGAAGCGGCUUCUUGGUUCUCUUGAAAGACACCAGGGAAGAUUGCUCAUCAACUGGUAAUGUAUCAUACAUUGUUAAUAGAUGUACCCAAUACUGUAAUUAACUUGGAG